AUGGCUGUUAAUUCUCAAAAUGGAAACAACCAGGAGAUUAUUUACAACAUGGAGCCCAAUCCUCAUCAGCCAUCACCACUUGCUUUACUCCCCAAUCUCUCCAGUGAAGAGAGAAGUUCGACGCACUUGACCUUGGCCAAAGUCCAACAUGCUCUUCGCCAACAGCAAGCGCAAAAUAAAUUCAUGGACUUCAUGAGAACACAAGCCAAGGCCCUUGAAAUCUCCGCCCAGAACCAACUGAACAAGUUCUUCGCUCGAAAGAACGCCCAAGUCAAGCAACUCAAGAGCACGAUCAAACAGUUGAGGGCUGAAAUCUCCCUGCUGACUUCCAAGACAAAAGAGCAGGAUAAGACCGUCGAGAACCUGAAAGCGAGGCUCAGAGACAUGACCGUGGAGGGGGGCGGGGACUCUGAGGAUGGGGAGUCGAUGCUGUCGUUGAUGUGUGAUGCGAGGCUGAAGGGCAUUUGUAGGGAGUGCGAGUACAGGAGGGCGGCGGUGGUGAUCUUGCCGUGCAAGCAUUUGUGUCUGUGUGAGGAGUGCAAUGAGGAGGUUGCUCCGGUGCCGUGUCAUAUUUGCAGGUGCAUUAGGUCUGGGUCUGUCACGGUUUAUCUGUCCUGAGUUCAAAUGUGUGUCGAAGUUCUUUGUUGUUAGGUGUUGGUUGAGUUUUAAUUUUGGUGUUUGUUUUUUUUUUUUUUUUUUGAAAGAUUGUUGUUGAAGAAUGUUGUAAUAAAGAGGAAGAGGGGAUUAUUUUUUCAAUGUUAUGCAAAUUUCUAUUGUAAUCAA